AGCGUUCCCUCCCUCGAUUUCCUAGUCACACUCAAGUUUCACUCCACACCACUAGCACCCACACAAAGAAUGAUCACCUGCGUCUCACGGAAAUACGACCAUGGUGUGUCUGUUACAGGUGCUUCUCGUGGCAUCUGUCAGACAGAUCAUAUGCCACACUCUGAUGACUCUUUCGACACCAGAGGAACGACCUGAAGGAAUCAAGAUUGGCACCCUAAGCACAGCCUACUCUCCUCCAUACCAGCUGCUUGGGAGAUCAUAUUUGAGAGUUGAUGAGGAAACCGGGGAUGUGUACACAACAGAGCAGAUGAUUGACCGGGAGACUGUGUGUCCAUCACAGGAGGGUGGGUACUGUACCAUCUCAGCUGAUGCCCUAGUGGGCCCUGAACAAGAACUGAUGAAGAUAACUAUUAUUGUGGAGGAUAUAAAUGACAAUGCUCCUUAUUUUGAAACAAAUGAAAUUCGUUUAAGAAUUCCAGAGGAUGCGAGAAUCGGGGUAAGGGUGCUGCUGGACGACAAGGCUCAGGACAAGGACGCAGGCAGCAACGCAGAGAUAAUGUAUCAUUUAGAAGGCACUGAAGGAUUCUUUAGUGUGGCACAGAACAGUUCUGCCCUUGAGCUGAUUGUUGAAAGAGAGCUGGACCGUGAAACUCAAAACGAGCACUGCAUGGUUCUUGUUGCUGUUGACGGUGGCUCUGUGCCUCUGAGUGCUAUGGUGUCUUUAGUUGUUACUCUGCUGGAUGUAGACGAUCAGUGCCCACAGUUCAGCCCUGAUAACCCUAGCACUGUUUCAGUGCCAGGAGGAGUGACCCGGGGAACAACAGUGGCCAAGGUUCAAGCCAUAGACCCAGACCUGGGCAGCAACAGUCAGAUCACUUACUCCUUCAGUCUCCAGAUCUCAGAUCGGGCCAAGGAACUUUUCCACUUGGACAGAAACACAGGCAGGAUCAGUAUAGCUAUGGAUAUGAGGUUAGACAGCCUGGAGGAACAUGUGCUUAAAGUGGUUGUGAAUAGCCCACCUUGCCCUAUUGAGCAAACUCAGGUAACUGUAUAUCUGCAGCCAGUGUUCAGCCCGGAGCCAUCUGUCGAGAUCAAGUAUGUGGCACAGUAUAGAAACCAAACUAUAAUAUUACGGGAGAAUGAACCACCGACUCUCUUGGCUCUUUUGGAGCUGAGAGACAUCUCAAGUUUCGAAUGGGUUCUGUCCUUAGAGGAAGACAGCACAGCAUUCUCUUUGAAAGCACAAGCAGGCAACUAUCUACUUUCAACUACAAAACCACUAGAUUUUGAGCUGUGUAGCAAAUAUCUUGUUACUGUUGUUAUAAGCAAAGCCCAAGGCAAACGUGUGCAUGCAAGGAAAGAAAUAGAAGUGAUGGUUGAAGAUGUGAAUGAUAAUGCCCCACAGUUUGAGGAGACUGACUAUCAGGUGGUGAUCGAGGAGAACAAUAAGCCUGGCGUCUCUUUAGUACAAGUCAGUGCAAGUGAUGCAGAUAGCCAGCUUUAUGGCAAUGUGUCAUACAGGCUGAUUCAUAAUACCCAUCUUAUCUUUAAUAUUGAUGAAGUGACAGGUAUAGUGUCUGUUUUAGAGUCUUUGGACAGAGAGCAACAGGGAGAAUACAUUCUCACAGUGCUGGCCAGGGACAAUGGCUCUCCUCCAUUAGAGGCCUUUUCAUCGGUGUCCAUAAAGGUGCUCGAUCGAAAUGAUAACCAGCCAACCUUUGUGACACCACACUUCGUCUUCUUCAUCUCUGAAGAUAUUCCACACUUAGCCCAGAUUGCAAAGAUUGGAAUUGUGGAUGCAGAUGAGGGGGAUAAUGGAAGAGUGGUGGAUGUACAAGUACUAGACAAGGAUGUUCCCUUCGCCAUGGACCUGUCCCAGUCAGCGCUUCGCUGUACAGGUGAGGUGGACCGCGAGAAGCAUGAGCGUUAUGAGCUGCUCCUGCUGGCUGUAGAUGGCGGUAGUCCUCAGCGCUCAUCCACUGCAUCUGUAACUGUUUUUGUGGAGGAUGUAAAUGAUAACCAGCCCCAGGUGCUCCUGCCAAGCAGCAACCUCUCCUGCCUGACCAUAUCCCCUAACACCAGGGUUGGCAGCAUCAUCACUAAAAUUUAUGCUACUGACCGUGACUCAGGCAUGAAUUCAGAUAUUACUUACCACAUUAUAGCCAGGGAGCCAAUCAAUCCCAACCCAUUUCAGAUCGACACACACUCAGGGAACAUCACACUGGUACAGCAGCUUGUGGCCAAGGACUACGGUAUGCAUCACCUCUUAAUCAGAGUCAGUGAUAGAGGGAAGCCUGCACCUCUUCAGGCCACUGUGUGGGUUAAUGUACUGGUCAAUGAUGUUUCCAAGCAGUGCCACCUGACUACUGUUCCCCCAUAUUUUCCCCGAGCCCCAGAUCCCCCAUCGCCACCAAAACCUCAUAACCUGACAGCGAGUUGUCCAGACCUCUCUUGGCUCCUACUGUUCUGUGGUCUGGGUAUGAUGGUGUUCUCAGUAUGCAUGUUUCUGGUCACUGUCAUAAUUUGCAUCAGACAAAAAAACUUCAUGCGUAAAAAAAUGCAUAAGAGAGAUCACGCAAACGAACAUGAACUGAAGCAUUUAAAUUAAAGGACAUGUGUUUUACUUUACGGUUACAAUGUUGCAUUGUAAAUAAGACAUGAUCGAUGUAAUAAUGAUGCACAAAUUAAUCAAAUGUUUAAUAAAGUUCAAGUAAAGGUGAGAGUAAAAACACUUUACAGGAACAUAUCUACCAGGAACUCUACCGAUAAACGACAGCGGCCUAGCCAUAGUCUGGAGUCUAUUACAAACAACACAAACAGUGAACAAUGAAUUUGAUAAAAGUGCUCCAAAUUCCCAUCAGAAAAAAAAAAACAUAAUAAAUAAAUACUUAAAUAAAUAAAUGAACAUUACUUACACUGUUACAUUGGGCUAAACUGUGACUCGGCAAUCAGCCAACUAGACCCUUUAACAAUUUGACUCAAAGAAUUUCUAUUUUUUAAAGAUAGAUUUCCACACCAAGAUAAUAAAGAAAAAAGAUUUUUUUUUUUUAAAUCGAUUCAAUAAAAGCAUGAUAGAAUAAGGCCAUGAUAGUUUUGUCAGUGUGAAAAUGGGACACUGGAGGUGCGAGGCAAAAACUCUGUCUGUCUCAUUAAAACAGUAAAAAUAGUUUUAAAUAGUCUCAAUAGUUUUAAAAUGUUUUAAAAGUUUUCUUAUAGCUUCUAACAUGCAGCAUCUCUUCAGAUUUUAAACAACUGUUAAUGACAUUAUAGACUCUAUAUCAGAAUAUCAGUAUCAGAAACAACCAGUCCAGUUAAUAAUGAUACUGUAGUUAUUGUGAUCUGUGAGGGUUCAUCUGUAAAUGCAAUAAGAACAUUGGUGCUUUUUUUUUUUCAGAAAACAGGUGCAUCAGAUCUUAAGACGUGUCAGAAAUGUUUUGAGUCUAAAAAAAAUAUUCACGUCCCGCCCUGCUCGGUGUUUCUGUGACAGGCUUCGGAUCCACUGCGACCCUGACCAGGAUUAAGCAGUUACUGAAGAUGAAUGAAUGAAUGAAUGAAUGAAUGACCCAAACCAAACAAAUAUUUGAGAAUUUUGUUCCUGGAAUUGUUCAUUUUUGAAAAGUCUAAAAAGGGGUAUUACUGUUCAGUUGUUGGUUUCAUGGGGUCAAUCAUUUUAAUUAGUCUAGUGCAAAAAAAAAUCAGAUGAUAAUUCUUAACACAAACAAUAACCAGGAUUAGCCAACGAUCAGUCUUCCAUGAUGUAGGCACCUGUGAAGACUGAACGCUAUCGGCUAAGAAACGGCGAGUUUGCUAAUCCUCUAAUGCCUUGAUUAUAACUCUCUCAAAUUCCCAAAAAAUAAUUGAUGGAAGUCUCAGGUAUUUGGAGCCACAAAGAAGUAUCAUGUUUCACUCAAUAUGAAGUGCUGCUUUGGAGAAGACUAUUCACUUUCUCACCUCAUGUUCAAGGGCCAUAAAAGUGCUAUACAGGUUGUGUCUUCGUCAUGGGAUGUUCAUGGACGUCCAUUUCUCGGUCACUUCCACUCGUUUUGAAUUUCUUAAUAAGUUUGGCGACAGUGUCGUGUGAUGAUGUGGUCGCCAUGUUUCCUGAUAAAGUCCAUGGCAACCUUGCGACAGCUUCCAUUCUUCUUUUGUCAAAGGCGUUCUUAAAGGCUAUCUGAAAUAUAUAUAU